AUGGACCAACCCGGUCCAUCAUCGUCCAAUCAGGACCCUCGCUUCGAAUUUUUAGGUUCUUAUACGGUAAAAUCACUUAAACUAAAACCAGAGAAAUGGUUGAGAGUGUUGGGUAUCGAAGAGCACAGGUCUACUUUGAAAGACUUUGUAGACAAGCCUUUCCCUAUCCUUCUGGUCGUGGUAUUGACAAAUACGCUACAGUUAGUACCGGUUAUCUCAUUCCCAUGCUAUCUCAAGAACAAAGCUGUGUAUUUUGUAAAGAAAAGACCCGAUGCUAUUCCUAAAGAUGGUUGCGCGCAGAUGGUGGUAUUUGGUGAUCUGGCUCCCAGGCUGAUAGAUGAAUUAGCGGCUUUAGUAGAUGAGGUCUUCGUUCCUCUACUAUCAAACCCUUUAAAUCAUGAAGGCUGGCCACUGGUUGUCUCUCAAGAUAUCCUCAAACAGAUACACAAUCUCAAGAGCACUGUGUACGAGGUAAAAGGUAAAGUAAAUGGCCAAACAGUUCUUCCAAUGCCGGUUGGAGUGGAAUUAGUUCAUGCGGCAGAAAAACAAGUGUUGAGGGGUGAAGAAGUAGAUCUUUAUCUAAAGAGUGCUAUAGAAGGAGUUGUCAUUAAGUGGGCUCAGCAGAUAAAUGACGUCAUGAUGGAGGAUUCUGCUCAGGCGUUUGAAAAUGGACAGAACCCGUUACCUAGUGUGGAACUUGCCUUCUGGAAAUCAAGGCUGAGCAACCUGAGCUAUAUAUACGACCAGUUGCGCAGUGAGCGGGUGCGGUGUAUGGCCGUCAUACUAGAAAAAACUACAUCUGCAUACUACCCUUGCUUUAGCAGGCUAUUCAAGAACAUUGUCUCAGCUCUUGCCGAAGCUCGAGAUAUAGAUCUCUACCUCCGUACCUUAGAGCGACAUUUCCAAGCUUUAGAGGAUACAGAUUUCACAGAAUGUCUUCCACUAUUCCGACCUUUAUUCCAUGUUAUCUGCAUGGUGUGGAGAGACUCAAAAUAUUAUUGCAGCUCAUCCAAAAUUAUCGUGUUACUUAAGCAAAUUGGAAACUUGCUAAUCUAUCAGGCGAAGAAAUGCCUUGACCCCUCAACGUUAUUCCAUAGUGACAUAGACGAAGCAACACAACGGAUUCAAGUCACGAUAAACAUACUGAAAAAGUACAAAAACACCUUCGAAUAUUUUAAAGAACAUCUGCCAAAAUACUUUGAAGACAGGCGAGUUGUUCCCUGGACGUUUCAUCCUAAUGUUGUGUUUGAGAGACUAAAUAAAUUCUUAGACAGAUUAAACACAAUUCAAUGGUUCUUCAAAACUGUUCUGGAGUUUCAAAAGCUGGAGAAAAUUGAGAUAGGCGGCAUGAAGGGAAGAUUAUUGGGGGGUCAAAUAAGAGAGAUAUCGUCAGAAUUCGAUGCGUAUUUUCACGCUUUUGCAUCCAAAUCUUAUGAUGUGUUAGAACCAGAUGACGAUACAUUUAAUGUCGACUUCAAAGAUUUCCAAGAGAACAUAAUUGAUUUGGAUCUGAAGUUAUCGACGGUUUUAGUAGAAUCUUUUGAUAACUCCUCAACAUUGGAAUCCAUUUUUAAGCUUAUUGAUGUCGUGGGUUCCGUUUUGGAUCGACCUUUGAUUAGAAACGAAUUCACAGCCAAAUACGUCGAAAUUAUUGUCAUGCUUGAAAAGGAACUAAUUGUUUGCGAAGAACUUUUCAAUGAGCAGAGUGCCCGAGCCCAGAAGUAUGGAGUGAUGGAAGUCGACGCUUACAUGCCUCCGAUAGCUGGAGGACUACUUUACAUGACUACGCUAGCUACAAGGAUCACCAAGCCUAUAGCUAGCUUUCGCAAUUUGCCGCACCCGAUAAAGGGUACGGACGAAGCGAAGAAAAUUUUUAUAAGAUACGGGGAACUCAUUGAGAAAAUAAACGAAUUCAAGAAGAAAUAUUUCAAUAACUGGGCGAUGACCGUAGCCAAAAUAAUCGAUGAGAAAUCUAAUAAAAUGAUACUUGCACGACAAGGAUCAGAUCUUGUAUUGAAUUUCGAUCCAAUGCUUUCAGAUGUUUUGAAAGAAGUUCAUCAUUUGCGGACAAACGAAGAUUUUGCAAAUGAUUUACCACCAGAAAGCUUACAAUUAUUCGAGAAACAGGAGAUAUAUAGACAGUAUAGGAUUAAUUUAGGUAUCACGAUUGACUGGUACAAUCAGAUCAGGAAGAACAGUCAAAAAGUUGAGUUCGAUCUUGUAGAAGACGAAAUAAAAGCGAUCGAUUUGAGAAUUGAAAUGGCACAGAAUGAAUUGAAUUGGAAUUCGAAUGAUCUGUGGGGUAAUUUACAAGAAUUACAUAAACUUGUGGGUAACUUGUAUGAAAGAAUGUCAAAAAUUCAAGAUAACUUAGUUGAAAUAAAAUAUGUUAUGAAGGACUGGUCAGUUCAACCUUUAUUUCAAAGAAAAGAAGAAAAAAAGGAUACAUUGUUAAAUUUAGAAGAGCGACAGGAGAAAAAAGAGAAGCGAUAUGGUGAAAUACAGGAUACGGCUAAGCGAAUUAACGAGCUGUUAGCAGAAAACAUGGAACUAUUUAACAUGCAAGAUAAUCAAGGCAGUGAAAUAUGGGGAAACUAUGUUGCUUUCAUCGAUGGGUUGAUGGAAGAGGCACUGUUUAAAUGUGUUGCGUGCAGGUGA